AUGUUUCAGAUGGGGUCCAGGGCCUGCAUGGAUGUUCAUAUCUGGGGUGCGAUUGAACAAAAGCAAUCAGCUAUUCAAAUGGAAGACGAUAAAUUCCCCAGCAAAUUGGUGCCGAUAACAUACAAGAAGCCUGACUGGAGGACAGAAGAGGAGCUGAAGCAAUUGCGUAACGCUAUGAGCUCUGUGCAGAGCUACCGUCGCUAUAGCAACAACCUGCAGCUGCUCCUAGCCAAAGUCAUCAGACACCAAAGAUUUGGAAGGAGAAGGGUGGUGAUCAAGAAAGGGCACAUUGGGAACAGCUUUUACUUCAUCUACUCUGGAGUGGUGGCAGUAACGAAGGAUGAGGAAGGGAGCAGUGCGUUUGUGGAUAAGGAGCCGACUUUAAUAAGAAGAGGAGCGGGAUUUGGCGAGGUGUCUUUGCUUAAAGGAGUGAAAAGAAAUGCCACCAUUGUGUGCAUGGAGGAGACAGAACUGCUGGUGGUGGACAAAGAGGACUUCUUUGCAAAGAAGCUGGAUGAGGAGCUGAAGAAGGAGUUUGAGUAUCGGUUCAGCUUUUACAGAUCUUUGGAUCUUCUUUCUUCCUGGAGCUUCCAGAUGAUUGAAUCGAUGGCUGAUCAUUCCAAAACAGAGGAGUUCCAUUAUGGGCGGGUUAUAGUCAAGGAUACCAGUGACAUGGCCAAUAUUAUAUUCAUGGCAAAGGUACACACAGUUCAGUACCAUACUCAGCCUCCAGGACUGAAUGGCUGACGAGGUGCAGAUCAGUAUUGA